AUGAUCACUCAAUCCGUCAACAGAACUGCCCUCCACCCUGGUGGUGUCCAGCCAGGCAAGGGUCACACCGAGCUGGAAGAAGAACUUCACGAGACUGCUCACAUUGACUACGAGCGUGUUGCCAUUGUCGCCAACCCCUCUGUUGCUGCUCUUUACGAGGAUGCUCUCGUCUACGAAACCGGUACCGCCAUCACAUCUUCCGGUGCUUUAACCGCAUACUCUGGUGCCAAAACCGGCCGUUCACCCUCAGAUAAGCGUGUUGUCAAGGAGCCUACAUCGGAAAAAGAUGUCUGGUGGGGACCCGUCAAUAAGCCCAUGAGCCCUGAGGUCUGGCGAAUCAAUCGUGAGCGUGCUGUCGACUACCUCAACACCAGGAAUCGUAUCUACGUCGUCGACGGUUUUGCCGGCUGGGAUGAGCGCUACCGCAUCAAUGUCCGUGUCGUCUGCGCCCGUGCCUACCAUGCUUUGUUCAUGCGUAACAUGUUGAUCCGUCCCUCUCCCAAGGAGCUCGAGCACUUCCACCCCGACUAUGUCAUCUACAACGCCGGUUCUUUCCCGGCCAACCGCUUCACAGAGGGUAUGACCUCGGCUACGUCCGUCGCCAUCAACUUCGCCGAGAAGGAGAUGGUCAUUUUGGGUACCGAAUACGCUGGUGAAAUGAAGAAGGGUGUCUUCACCGUUCUCUUCUACGAGAUGCCCGUCAAGCACAAUGUCUUGACUCUCCACUCUUCUGCUAACGAGGGCCAGAACGGUGAUGUCACUGUCUUCUUUGGUCUUUCGGGUACUGGCAAGACCACUCUUUCCGCUGACCCUAAGCGUGCUCUUAUUGGUGAUGAUGAGCACUGCUGGACCGACAGAGGUGUCUUCAACAUUGAGGGUGGAUGCUACGCCAAGUGUAUUGGUCUUUCGGCUGAGAAAGAACCCGAUAUUUUCAACGCUAUAAAGUUCGGUUCCAUCCUUGAGAACGUCGUCUUCGACCCCGCCACCCGUGUUGUCGACUACGAUAAUGCUACCUUGACCGAGAAUACUCGUUGCGCCUACCCCAUCGAGUACAUUGAGAACGCCAAGAUUCCUUGCCUCUCCGAAAACCACCCUACAAACAUCAUCCUGUUGACUUGCGAUGCUCGUGGUGUCCUCCCUCCCAUCUCCAAGCUCACCACUGAGCAGACCAUGUUCCACUUCAUCUCCGGUUACACCUCCAAGAUGGCCGGUACCGAAGACGGUGUCACCGAGCCCCAGGCCACCUUCUCCUCUUGCUUCGCCCAGCCCUUCCUUGCUCUCCACCCCAUGCGCUACGCACAAAUGCUUGCAGACAAAAUCUCCGAGCACAAGGCCAAUGCCUGGUUGCUCAACACUGGUUGGGUCGGUGCUGGCGCUACCACUGGUGGUAAGCGUUGCCCAUUGAAAUACACUCGUGCCAUUUUGGACGCCAUCCACAAUGGUGAACUCGCCAAUGCCGAAUACGAAGUCUACCCCAUCUUCAACCUCAACGUCCCCAAGUCCUGCCCCGGCGUUCCUGACGAGCUCCUCAAUCCCGAGAAGAGCUGGACUGCCUCUACUGGCUUUACCGACGAGGUCACCAAACUCGCCAAGCUCUUCAACGAGAACUUCCAAAAGUACGCUGACCAGGCUACUAAGGAAGUUAUUGCUGCCGGUCCUGUUACCGAGUAA